AUGAUUAUCUAUGGGCUGUAAAAUUCCAAUAACCUGAUUAUUUUAACCGACGCCUUCGCCCUCGUGUGGCAAGGUUCGCUGAACACCAGCAAGUUGGCUAUGAUUAUAUGGAAGCGGCAACGACUGGGGGCGCUGAUAGAUCGCGUCCACUCUCUAAAUUCCAGUGCAACAGCCUUGCAGUUGACACUGAUCGAGCAACAGAAUAUUCGGGAGCGGCGCAUUACGAGACCAUUUCGAGUGGCAGCUAUUGCCACGGUCCUGGUGCCAGCGACGUCCCCUUUAAUCUUCGGACUAUACGAAUAUCUACAGACGGGUCGCUUCCGGCCAGAAACACCUUUGAGUUUUGAUUUUUGGUUGGACAUCAGCAGACAUUGGCCUAUCUAUGCGUGGACCAUGUUCACCACUUUUGGUGCCGUCUCUACUUUAGUGAGUGCAGACACUCUCUUCUGCUGGCUGGCCCACAACAUCGUGGCACAUUUUCACAUUCUUCAGCAGGGCCUCCACUUGGCGUCGAAAAAAAAUGACGGUGCCACCAGAAAAUCCACACUAAUCGCAUGUGUGCAACUGCAUUGUGUCGUCCUAGAACUGGCCAAGGAACUGGGGAGAGUCUAUGCCGAGAUCCUCCUAGUGCAGUACACUCUAAGCUUUCUGCAGUUAACCAUGAACAUAUAUCGAUUUAGUCGCGCCGAUUGGAAUGCGCAAGUCCCCUUUCGUAUCGGCUUUCUAAUGACCGUACUUUUUCAGCUAAGCACAUAUUGUUACGGUGGCGAGUAUUUAAAGCAGCAGAGCCUACAAUUGGCCAAUUCUAUAUAUGACAGCUUCGAUUGGCCACGCGUUACACUGAAUUCUCGCAGGAUACUCCACUUUAUGAUAAUGCGAGCUCAACAUGCGUCUAAGAUUUCAGGCUUUAUGUUUGAUGUUGAUUUGCCGUUGCUACUUUGGGUAAUCAGAACAGCCGGCUCUUUCUUGGCAAUGCUGAAAACGCUGGAGCGUUAG